AUGCUCAAGUACCAGCACGGCCUGCCGCACGGCUCGCAGAAGUGGUACGAUCAGCGCGGCGUCCUCGUCAAGCAGCUUCGAUACAAGGAGGGCAAGUACAAGGAAGAGGUCAUCAUCGAGAGACGAACCUACUCGCCGUUCAACUAUCCGUUCCGCAACCCUCGCCUGCCACUCUCGUCCGGCACAUCUUCGGCGUCUUCAUCUCCAUCUGCCGUCCUCUCCUUCUCUCCUAUCAUCAGCACCAGCCUCAAGUCUGCUACGACGCCACAGGCCAUUUUCCACACCUCCUGCGCCACCGAAAGCGACAAGAGGGGCCAACAUCGACCAACCUUCUCCAAGCCGCUUUCUCUCAAAUGA